AUGAGCAGCACAGCGUUUAUGAAGGUGGAAGUAGACAGUGAAACUUGCGCUAUAUGUAGCAGCAAUUCAGACAGUCUUCUAACGCCGGAAGAGUACGAUGCUGGUGUCGUCGACGUGCAGACGCCCUUUAGGGCUAUGCUGUUACAGAUUAAUAACAAUAAGGUUAUACCUGAAGGCCGGUUUUGUACAAAUUGUAUCCGGCGUACUGUAGAUGCUUAUGAAUUUAGUUCAGUCCUAUCGUCUAAAACGGCACCUCCCCUGAGUGAGAAAAUCCGUACACUCCGGAAAAGGUUAUUAGAACUGACUGAGAAAAUAGAUGUCUUUAUAGUAGUAGGGGGACAGAACAAGGUGUAUAAUGAAGAAGAUAUUCUUAUGGUGGAGCGGGAUGCCCUGGCUAAAGCUACAGAACUGGAUAAUGAAGAGAUUGAGAGAGCCAGAAAUGCUGCUGGAGUAUCUGUCUAUCAAUGCACUGUUUGUCCAAUGUCAUUCCAGACAACCAGUGCUUAUCGUAAUCAUUUAUCAACUCAUGGCGAAAGUGCGAGGCAUUGUUGUUGGACAUGCGGUGCUCAAUUCUUGUCCAUAGAAGCCUUACGUGAUCACGAGAUUCUUCAUCAAGUAAAUGAUAGGAGUUUGAAGAACUUAUCACGCGGCACACCUGUCUGCCCACUUUGCUCCGAGAGUUUUUCGACACGGGCAGAAGUUGCGAGACACGCGCGGGUAGCCCACCCUGGACCGGACGUGGUCUGUCCCGUGUGCCUCACAGUCAUGACCGCCGAACAACUACCCGCGCACCAGCUCUCACAUCGACAGGCUGAUCGCUUCGUAUGUUCGCAUGAUUUGUGCAUACUUCGAUUUCCGACGAGAAACGACUUGAUGACGCAUAUACGUACGUGCCACGCUGGUGCAAGUACUAAGGUAGAAGAACAGAAUGAACCACAAGCGCCGACAAGAAGCGAAGUGGAGAAAGCUUUUGUUAGUGACAAAGUGCCUUGCCCCAAUUGUGACCGCUCGUUUGGGUCCGUCGCUGCUAUGAAGCGACAUGCGCGCGUUCAUCGUCGUGAUAUUCCGCAGGAUGAAGAGUGGUUGGCACCGGACGUGGAAGAAUUACCGCCAGCAGAGGACGUGGAGUAUCUUGAACUGGAGACCUUGGAUGAAAUGCAUGACGAUUAG